UUAACUUGUAAUAAACUGCAUUCAGUUGUGAACAAGGUUGAUAACAGAAUAUUUUAUAUGGAUUUCAUUAAAUGUCCAAAAUAUCAAUCUGUAACGAGUUGUUGCGGUGGAAAAACGUCGAUGGAUAGGGAAAAUAAGAGCAACGAACUUUGCAAUAGAAAUCUUACAUUCCACGAUCGAAAAAACGAAAAUACAUGCCCUGUUCUUAAUACAGAAUCAGUACAUUUCACUAAAGAUGAACGUUAUGAUGAAUAUUCGAAUAUGUCUUUAACAUGGGGUAUGAACAAGACAAAUUCUAUGUAUCAAUCUUCUUCUGAGUUACCUUAUGGUAUAAGAUAUGGAAUAAAUAGCGAAUGCACACAGAAGGAAACUAUUUCUUCUCUGGAAGGCAGGGGAACCAAAGAGUUCCACUGUCCAAGAUGUGGUAAAGGAAUGCAGGAACCAAGACUACUAUCUUGUUUGCAUCCAAUAUGUUCACCUUGUGUUUUGGAACUAAUGAGCAAACAUAUCAGAAUUCAUGGUACCCCGUUCAGCAAUUACUAUGAAAUAUGUCCUUUAUGUGAUUUCCCAUUACCAAAUGCUAAUUCUCCAAUUCCACCUCCACAUUAUCCUCUUCAACAUCGGCUAGUGAUGAAUGCUAUACGUUCCGGAUUUGCAAACAAAGUUCUUUGCGAUGCUUGUACAGAUGAAGUUAUUGCACUUGUUCAGUGUUCCACAUGCCUUCGUAAUUUCUGUUUAAAUUGCGGAAUGGAACACCAGCAACAAGUCACCAUGGAAUUGAAACCAUUGAGACAUACGAUAAGACCGAUUUGGGAAGCUACUAAAGUGCGACGUACUGCACUGUGUCAAAAGCAUCCCAUUCACGCAUUACGAUUUUAUUGCAUUGCUUGUCAACAGGUAAUUUGUAAAGAAUGCAUGUGGACUGUUCAACACAGAGGUCAUGCAAGUGAAACAGCAGCUGGAGCUGGUAAAAGAGUUGCUUUAUAUUUGAAAGCAGUGUUACAACGAGCAAAGGCACUUUUAAAUAUACUCUUGACACAAUAUGAUCAAAGUAUGUUUUUGAAUGGUACUUUUGAAGAAAUGAAAGAUGCUUUUGGUUCAAUGGAUUACCGGUAUGUUAAACUGAUAGUUCUAUUAACAUAUGUAUAUAUAAGUAUGAAUUGUCAUGUGAUAAGUAUGCUGUAUGGUUUUUAUUAUAAGUUAAAAAUUAUUUCGAUAAACUGAAAAUAUGAGACUGUCAUUUGAGGUACAAGUUAAACAUUCCUAUAAUAUAUAAGAGUAAUAUAGUAAUAAAAAUGAGAA